CACUCCUGUGCCGUAUUUGGGUUAUGUACGCAAAGGAUUUCCUUAUGCUCCAGGUUUGUUUGGCCAGCUUUGCAUGUGCGCACGAUCAAAGGGCGUCCUGCGAGGCUAGAUCCGUGUGUGCGCGCGCCACUUUUCGUUUUGCUCCAGAGAUUCUUCCGUCGCGGUGUGUGCAUUUGUCCCGAGCAGUCACAUGGAAACGCGGUGCUCGCUACUGCCACCGACCGAAGCCGCCUCCCCUAGUCCUCUUGGCUUAAAUUUCUUUCCGGCUCCGUUACCAAGCAAGGUUUUUAGAAAGGUGAGUUCGCCUUUCAACCUGUCCAAGGGAAUUGGCAACCCGACAAGUCCCUGCGCAGCACCAAGGCGAAGAAUGAAGGCUCGCGCUCCUGCUCCACCAAACCAACCAUUCACAGCUUGUAAAAGUAGUAAUGAAUACAAUUUAACCACAGAUCUGGGAAUGCAGCCUGAUCAGGGUGUGCUAAAUGUGAAGGAAAAUCUGAUUAGCAGGACAGUGGACUUAAGAGUAGUUCUCCUAGAUGGAGAAGAACAGAAAAACAGUGUGCCUGGGAGUAAAGCUGUGAUGGACUUGUUAGUUGACUUGUGCAGCCAACACCACUUAAAUCCAGCACACCACACUCUUGAGCUACAGACCCGGGGGACCCAAGAGCCUUUGAGUUACAAGCCAAAUACUUUGAUAGGGUCACUGGAUGUACAUAAGAUACUUCUGAAGGAAAAGAUUCUUGAAGGAAAGACCAAGCGGCCUCCUCCCAGGAUUCCUGAGAAAACUGUGAGGCUGGUAGUAAAUUACCUGAAGACACAAAAGGCAGUGGUUCGAGUGAGCCCUGAGGUACCCCUUCAGAGUUUAAUCCCAGCCAUUUGUGAAAAAUGUGAGGUCAGUCAGGAAUACCUUGUCCUCUUGAGAGAUACCUUCAGUGGGGAGGAGUUGGAGCUUACAAAAUCACUGAAUGAACUGGGAAUAAAGGAGCUUUAUGCAUGGGACAGGAAAAGAGUUGUUCCAUCAAAAGCUCAAUCUGAACCUUCUCUGAACUGUAGAGAAACCAGAAAUUAUUCAACAAGCUGCGAUACAACGGAAAAAGAAAAGAAACGAUUUCUGGGAUUUUUCAAGGCUAAUAAAAGAAACAGUAAGGCAGAAGAACAUUCGACCCCAAGGAUGGAUGGAGUUUGCAGCAGCGAAGAACCUUUAAAAUCCACAAGAGCAAGUGAACAGGACCUAGAUGUAGUUACAUCAGCUCCAAGUUCUCCUUCAGUGAACUCACGUUCCAUUACAUUGGGUCAAUCACUGUCUCUUGGGAACAUCUCAGGAAUGACUGGAAGCACUGAAAUAAAAAAGCGGAGAGCACCUCCUCCUCCUAUGAUGAUUUCUCAGGUGCAAAGUGGGGAGACAAAUGGACAGGAACAAAUACCAGGUCAGAUUGAUUCCCUUAUAGGUAAUGGACGGCAUGUGCCACAAAAGCCUCCUAGAGGCAACACGCGUGGUUCACCCCAGUUAGUGAUUCCCCCACCCCCACCAUACCCUCCUCCAGACACAGAUACUAUGGACCCAACUGUAUUGUACAGUGAAGCAGAUGUUACAGACUCAACCAAGCUGGUACCUAAACGCAACCUACAGCUUCCACAUAUUUCUAGCAUGGAAGAUAUAGUUCUGGAUCUGUCUGAAAUAGAAGAGACCAAUUCUGUUAGCAGCUGUUUUGCCUCAGAGGACACCACAGAAGAUUCAGGUGUUAUGAGUUCCCUUUCUGAUAUUGUAUCACUGGAUUCUCAAAAUGACAGUAUGAGGUCAAGAGAGAAGUCAGUUGAUGCCCAGGAGACAUUGACAGAAAUUGAUUCCAUGUUUGUUGCAGAAGCUUGUUCUGCACAGAGUGGUUCUUCCCACAGUGAUGAGUCUGGGAAUAUUCAAAGAUUAAAUCCUCAGUGGCCCAUGCUUCUUCAAGUACCCACGGGUAUUUUGCUACUUUUACAGCGGAAUAAAAUUGAUGAGAAUAUGGUGGAAGCUAAGUUUGAAAAUUCAGAUGUGUUCAUUGCUGCUCAGCUGCAACAGACCCUAGAUGCACUGGAUGAAGAUCUAGCAGCGAUGGAAGGUCUACAUGAGGAUUAUGAAAGCAAAUCUCUAUUUAGUGAGAUGAUUAAUGGUGCACCCUGCCCUCCUGUAAAAAAUGCCGAGGCUGUCCAGGAUAUUUCACCUUCUGUGCCAGUGACAAUCAUAGAUGAAGUUCCAGAAGGUGAUAUCACAGUACAGUCUGACACUGAGAAAGAAAGUCCCUUUUCUCCCAAGAUAGAUGGUGCUGAAGAUAAUUUAGAUCAUCACACUAGCCUAGGGAAACCAAGAAAUGAAAACCAUAAUACCUUUUAUGUAGAUGAUGAUUCUCCCAGUAAGAGCUUAUUGCAAGAGCAAUCACCUAAAGAAGAGUUUAGGCACCAGAAUGAGGAAGAACCAAAAUGUGAGUUUGAGAUGCCUAUAUCAUCAUAUGAAAAAGGGAAUGAAGGGAAUGAAGGCCAGGAAAUCAUCUCCAAAGAUUGGUUUGAUUCUGAAGUAUCCAAUGCUGAGGUGAUGGCUGCUAAUGUCAACAUUAUGAGUGAUGUUAAUAGAACAAAAGAGAAAGUAAGGCCACCAAAUGAAGUUGAUACCAAGGAGGAUUCUCUAAGCAAAACUAAAACUGAAUUAGGAUUGAAGCAUCUAUCAGCAAAAGCCCAUGAUGAGAAGGAACAUGCUCCGUCACCAUCAAUAUGGUCUCAUCGUGUUCACAAUGGAAUUACAAACUAUGAACCUAAACUUGGCCUGACAACCUUUAAAAUUGUUCCUCCCAAACCUGAAGUAAAAUAUUUCGACAGAGGUACAUCUCUCUCUACUGGUGCCAUUAAAAUAGAUGAGUUAGGCAAUCUGGUGGUUCCAAAUGUUUCUGAUACUAAAAAUGUCACAGUAAAUACAGCUUCAAGUGAAACAGAACAAACUCUUACCAAGAAAGCAAAAGCAUACUGGACGUCAAAUUCUAUGGACAAACAAUUGGGGGAGUUCCCAGUAAGCUGUUCCGCUAAGCCAGUAGUCAACUCCAAACCCCUCAGUAAAAUAUCCAGUAAAAUAAGGCUUGACUGCCUUACAAAUCUAAAAGUACCACUAGUUGAUUCCAAUGUUGUUGAAAAUAAUGUUGAAAAAGCAAAGCCACUUGUUCAUGUCCCCCAGUCUUCAGUGAAAAUACUAACAGUUCCAGUGGUCAACACAGAUAAAGUGGAGCUCCCAUUUCAGAAGCCCCAGAGAAGAACAUCAAGCCAUUAUGUAGCCUCUGCCAUUGCAAAACGCAUGGAUACAUCCCAGUUUAAAACCAACCAAGAAAGGCAUUACAAAGGAGAAGAAAUGAGUAAUGGAAAAGGGCUAAAAACUGAAACAGAACCACUUCCCAAAAGAUGUGUUGUUAUGGCCAAAUACUGCACAGCAGAAACACAGCCCACAGAAACAAGAAAACCUUGUUCAGAUACCUUCAAUUGCAGUAAAAAUGUAUCAAAUACACUACCACUUGGUGCUCGUUCUGGGCUGAUGAAUAACACUGCCAACAUCAAAUCAGAGAAUCAAUCCAAUCCUACUAAUUGCUAUAGUGAACCAUUUACCAGAACACCUUUUAAAGAUAGUGGCAUCAUAAGAGGGGAACCCUGUUGUAGUUCAAUACAGAAUGUAAUUCUUAGAGAAACAUCUUAUGUAUUGAAUCAAAUGAAGGAGCAGAAUGAUCCAACAAGCCCUUCCUUCUUUCAUAAAACAUCUCAUGCUCACUCUUCUUCCCCUACUUUCAGCUCCCUUGUGAAGUCAAUGAGGGGGCACCCUGGUAAUAGUGAAUCAGAAUUAAAUGGUACUCUUACUAUCAAGCAUGUGGUUCCAGAAAAAGAUGAAAAACUUGGCAGUGCACUUACAAGAAAUAAACUAGAGUCUGAUAUUAAAGAUGACAACAUCUACAAUGUUUUUGGGCCAAAAAAAAAGUUUAAACCAGUCAUCCAGAAGUCACUUCCAAAAGAUACAUCAUUACACAGUGCAUUAAUGGAAGCCAUUCAGACUUCAGGAGGAAGAGAGACACUUCGAAAGAUUUCGCCCAGCACAAUAAACGGAACUCAGAAGAAGCCAUUUUGUACAGAACCAGAGAAUGCACGCUCUGCCCUUCUGGCUGCCAUUAGAGGGCAUUGUGGAACCUCAAAGCUGAAAAAAAUCUCCUCGUCUGCUUCUGAAGAACUGCAGAGUUUCCGAAAUGCAGAAGUAGCCUUGCACAACAAGACAAUCUCCACGACAGAGCAGCAAUGUAAUAUUCCACCCCCUCCUCUACCACCAACUCCUGUUCAGUUAACAGUGAAGUCUCCAAGGUCCUCUGCAAGUAGAGUAACAGACAACCCAGGAGAUGCAAGGCAGGCCCUAAUGGAAGCAAUCCGCUCAGGCACUGGGGCAGCACGUUUAAGAAAGGUUCCUCUGCUGGUCUGAACACUAGAUGGCUCUGGUUAUCAUUUCUAAUGUAAUUUCACACUCAUCCUUAUUGGUUGGAAUGAACACCCAUAACAAACCCCAAGUGGUAUAUACAUUUAUUCUUGUGUUUACAGGCCAAUCUAAGUUGUCUUGUCUGUGCGUGCUGCUUUACUUUUUAAUUGGUUCACAGGUUGCUCUACAGCUUCUGUGCCAAGGAUUUGGGGGUUGCCUACCUCCAAAUACUUAAACCGUGCCAAUAAAACUAUCCUUACUGGCAGGUUAAUAUGCUUAUGAACACUUUAUUGUCUGCAUUAAUACUUCAAUGUGUUUAUGGGAAAAAAUCAAGCACUUUUUACUGUAGAUCUGAAACACAACAUUCUUUUCUUCUUCAUAAACAGUUUAAAAUACAUAGUUGUUCCAAACUGCUUAGUUGACUCUUACUUUUUCGUUCUAAAUGCAAAUACAGUUAAAACCCCAAAGUGCAGGCUAUAUAGAUGCAUAAAAAUUAAUAGCAAGGGAAAAAAGGACACCUAAUGGCCUAAAUUGCCAUAUGUUGAAGUCAGCGCUUUUUAUAGUCUAGCAAAUUUUAUUAUCUUCAACAUUCCAGCUAAGCAAGUAAUUGCUAGAGUUCCAGAAGGAGAGACUGAGGGAGGAUGUAUAUGAAAGGCUAAAGGGGGUAUAAAGCACAAAAUUCUAAUGUCUAAGAACACUAUUGCAUUCUGCUACUCCUUUUCAAUGGGGUUUGUUUGCAGGUGAUGUACUUGGUAGAUUGUGCCCUAAGUAUGUCAACUACCAACACUUCCUAGGAGUUCAGCAGGUUGCUGCAAAACCUCCCCCACAUUUUUAUUUAUUUAUUGCAGUGGAGCUUAUGCAAGAGCAUUUCCCAGUCAAUCAUGCCCCAAGUUAAAAGUGCAACUGAAAGUGCUUUUUUUGCCGCUUCCUAGGGUCUGCUGGUUGCAAUUUGUUUGCAAAACUGCUGCUAGAAAGUCAUAAUUCGAGUCGCUUCCACUGGGCUUAUGUGCAUCUCACAUACUAGGAAUGGACCAGUUCUCAUUGAUCAAGCCCUGAGAUUGUGUAAAUGACAUUUUCUUUUUGUUUUCCUUUUAUAAUGUACUUUCAUAGGUAAUUUGAAAAGUUUUUGUUGAAGAUUAACAUAAAUUUAGAAUAACCUUGGUUUUUCACAUUUAUGCUGCAUGUUGUGAAGGAGUCUUAAGAUGCACCUUCACACAUAUAUUUGGUUUAAUAAUAAUAUGCACUGGACACAGUCAAAAGUAAUGAUGCUUUAGUACUAAGAUUUUUAAGGGUACUAUGUAAUAUUGCUAACCUUUUAACAUGUACUGUUUGUUAGCCAUAUACAAACCUGUGUCUGUAUAUUAUAUACUGUAAAAGACUAAUUUAAUUUAGUGCCAGAAAUAAAACCAGUGCAGAAUUGAGAUGUCA